AUGCCCCAGCAAAGAAAAAAGAAGAGGACCCAAAAACAAACCGUGCCGGGAGACCUACAACCAAAGCUACCAAAAUCAUUCGUCAUCCGAUCAGGUGCUGUAGGCAGAAGUGUGUGCCAUCUAGUCAAAGAUGUGAGGAGAAUCAUGGAACCAAACACUGCCAUCAAACUAAGAGAACGAAGAGGAAACAAACUCAAAGACUUUGCAAACAUGGCUGGGCCAUUGGGUGUUUCUCACAUCAUGAUCUUUUCUCGAACUGAAUCCCACUUGAAUAUGAGAUUGGCUCGCUUCCCUCGUGGUCCUACCUUAUCCUUCCAUGUCAAUGAAUACUCGCUGAUGAGAGAUAUCGCUGCUACACAUUCGAAACCAAAGAGUCCCGGAACAGAGUUCUCUACUCCUCCACUGGUCGUGUUAAACAACUUUGGAAGUGAUGAAAGGCAUGUCAAGCUAGUAUCUACCAUGUUCCAACACAUGUUUCCACCAAUCAAUGUCCAAACGAUGAAACUAGCGGAUGCUCGGCGAGUCGUCCUAUUCAACCGAGAUCCAGAAACUGGAAGUAUCGAUUUACGACAUUUCAUUGUGACUGUUCGAGUUACUGGUGUCAGUAAGACCAUCAAGACACUCUUACAAGCUAAUAUACCGGAUCUCAAGAACUAUGAUGAUAUUUCUGAUUAUAUCUUGAGGGGAGGAGCAGGAUCAGACAGUGAAGCAGAAGAUGCACCAGACUCGACAAUGUCUCUACCACAAAACUAUGUUGGUCGUAACAACCGCAAGUCUGAACAACGAGCUAUUCGAUUAGUGGAGAUUGGACCGAGGUUAAAUCUGUCUCUGGUCAAGAUUCAAGCUGAUUUGUGUGCUGGAGAGGUCCUGUAUCAUUCAGAAGUCAAAAAGACACCAGAAGAAGCUAAAGCCAUUGCUAAACGUAAAGCGCAACAAGCUGCUUCCAAGGCUGAUCGUAAACGACAACAAGAAUCCAAUGUUGCCAAGAAAAAGGAUCAAAAGAAGGCUCUCGUCACGCUGCAACGUGAACGACAACGUGAAAAGUUUGGUGCCAAAUCAAAGAAUAGUGACGAUGAGGGAGACGAGGAUGAAGACGACGAUGAUGAUGACGAGGAAGACAUCAACAUGGAAGAAGACUCUGAUUACGACAUGGAAUAG